GUUAGUCUGGCUUGAUGGCUCAAUUAUACACUCAGCACAAAGUUAAGUAAGGGUUAGUAUAUAUUUUACAAAUCUCUCUUUUUAUGUGUUCUAUGUAGUUUGGCAGAGUAGGCUGAAUAUAAGAUGCAAAAUUACAACUAUCACAAUUUAAUCUUCAGAGAUGCACCUGUUCUUGUAUUUAUCCAGCACUAUGUAUUUGGCUUUGAAUGUAGGUUCUCCAAAAAUGCUGCCAGUGCAAAUUUCAACAUUAUUGUAACAUAACAGAAAGUACCAGGUUAGAAGAAAACACUAUUACGAGGAUAUUUUGUAACAGAAUUUCCCACCGAAGGUCAGCAUUCACUAUAAGAUAUAUUAUGUAUUGUGAAAUCAUGCUAUAUAAGUAUAAAUAAAGAUAUCUGUUGUUUCAGUGCACAGUUUUGUGUUCAAGGAACGUACAACGCCGCAGCAGCACCCCCUGCUCAAACAUAUUCCUGUUGCCAUGAAGUCAUUUCUAACAGUAUGGGCAGCUCUAACAAUGACAUUUGUAAUAGUUUCAUGUCAAAAUGCAAAGGAUCCUGUUGUCUGCACAGUUAUCCAAGGGUUACAACCUCUACAUGGCAAAGACGGGAGAGAUGGAAGGGAUGGCUGGCCCGGUCAGAAGGGUGAACCAGGAUCACCUGGAGAAGUGGGAAGCCCAGGAUUAAAGGGAAAUCCAGGCAUGCCAGGCAAAGCUGGUCCACAAGGGCAGAAAGGAGAUCUGGGAAUUACAGGAGCUGAGGGCAAAUCAGGCCCACAAGGUCCAAAAGGUGAAAAGGGCAUAAUUGGUCCUUCAGGAGCAACAGGAGCUGUUGGAGCUCCAGGCGCUAAAGGUGCUCCAGGUGCAGCAGGACCCACUGGAAAUCAAGGUGUUAUCGGUGCUUCCGGAGCCAAGGGAGACAAAGGGACCAUAGGCCCUCAAGGAUUAAAAGGGGAUAAAGGUGCAAAUGGUGCGCCAGGGACAACAGGAACUCCAGGCACUCCAGGUGCUAAGGGUGCAAUGGGUCCUCCCGGCAUCUCAGUUACAGGAGCUGCUGGGGCAAAAGGAGGCAAAGGAGAUCCAGGCUUGCAAGGUCUGAAGGGGGAAAAAGGGUCAGCAGGAGGUACAGGAGCCACAGGUGUGACUGGAGCUGCUGGUAUGAAGGGUGCUACAGGUGCAAUAGGACCACAAGGAAUUCAAGGAGUUAAAGGAGCUGCUGGUGCCAAAGGAGACAAAGGAGAUCUAGGACCACAGGGACUCAAAGGCAGUGCUGGAGCGACUGGUACUACAGGGAAUACAGGGGCUCCUGGAGUUCCAGGUGCUAAAGGGGCUGCAGGUACAAAUGGAGGACCUGGAAUCACAGGGUCAAGGGGAUCUGAUGGCACCAAGGGAGCCAAGGGAGAUCCAGGCGCUCAAGGUCUAAAAGGAGAAAGAGGACAACCUGGUGCCAAUGGAGCUUCAGGUACUCCUGGGAUUUUGGGUGCCAAAGGUGCUUCAGGUUCUCCAGGAUCUCCAGGUAUCGCAGGAAUAAAGGGAAGUGCUGGUGCCAAAGGAGAUAAAGGAGAUACAGGUACACAAGGAAUAAAAGGAGACAGAGGACCAGCAGGUCCAGCAGGAACUGCAGGGUCACCGGGAUCAGCUGGAUUAAAAGGUGCCACAGGUUCUCCAGGGACUGCAGGAGCUAAAGGGGCUACUGGUGCAAAAGGAGACAAGGGAGAUUCAGAUCCUUCCCUUUCAACUAAAAUUACAAAUCUGGAAAACAAAGUAGCUGCUCUAGAAAGGAGCAUCACCUCUCUCAAGAAAGCAUUCAAUUUUCAAAGUGGAGCAGUGAUAUCGGGAAACAAAAUGUAUAUCGCUAAUGGAAAAGAUGGCAAUUAUGACACUGCCCAAGCCUCUUGCCAAGGGGCACAGGGCACGUUGCCAACUCCACUGAAUAGUGCUGAAACUGCAGCCAUUCUUCAGGUUGUUAAAGCAAGGAACCGAAGAUUUUUCCUUGGAAUCAAUGACAAAAAACAAGAAGGUGCUUUUGUAUACCUCAAUGGCAAUCCAAUUUCCUACAAGAAUUGGCACACAAAGGAACCAAAUGGAGGAAAAAUUGAAAAUUGUGGAGAAAUAACUGAACAAGGAACAUGGAUUGAUAGGAGCUGUGACUAUAAAAAUAGUAUAGUUUGUGAAUUUUCAUAAUAUUAUUUGAAACUUAAUAACUGAAUUAUCCCAGUGAAAGAUGGCUUUAAAUGCAUAUAAUUUGUUUGUGCAAUGCAUUCACAUAAGAUGGCAUUUGAGAGCAACGCAGUCCUAAAAAUGACGGUGAAGGGGCUGGGUAACAGCAUAUACACUACUUUUGCAAUUGGCAUGGUUGUCCAAUUUCAUGAAGGAGGGGCACAUAAAGAGGGAAGAUGAUUGAUUACAGCAACCUGUAGGCAACUUGCAGUGACAUGAUGGAGCUCAAAACAUGCUGUUAGUUUUGCUGUUUGCAAAACAUCUGGUGAAAAAAUCAAGCACAUUCUCUUUUUUUGUGUAAAUUUAAACUUCUUGAAAAAUAUUUAAAAAAAAGAAAAGUGUGAUAAAUUCUCAGUAAAAAAACAUAAUUUUAUCCAAAUGCAAAAUCAUUUGUUUAAAUAUGCACUGAGUAAAAUCUAAAUAUGCCAUAGCUUUGCUCUUACUAGCCCAGGGCUAUAAUGCCUGUGGCAUGAUCACAACACGUUAACUGGAAAUCUCUUGCUUGUCUUUUUUUUUUAUACGAAGGCUGUUCAUGACACAUUGCUCCAAACAAGCACAGCUUUACUGUUAUACUCAAUUUGUUUACCAUUGCAACAUAUGUGACAGGAGGAUGAUGUGUCACCAUCUAAAGAUGCAGAUGGCUUGUUUCAGCAGCAAAAGGGUCAGAUGUAAGACUUUUUGGAGACAGGUAGGUGUUACCCAGGCAGGAGAAUUAGUCUAGCUAGUCAGUGCCCUCUGCCUAGGAGACAGGUUGACACAGGAGAAGCAUGUAUGGGCACAAGAAGUGUAUGCCCAGGCCUGUCUGGCCUUACAAACAAGUAAUCUGACCAGGCCGACACCAAAGGAAUAAGUUCAGUAUGUGCAAAAAACAGGCUGAGGAUCUAAGCAGAUCAAAUAGCCAGGAGGGUGAAUACUGAGGCCUCGUACACACGACCGGUUUCCUCGGCAGAAUCCAUUAAGAAACUUGGUGGGAGAGCUUUUUUGCAGAG